UCUUCUGAUCUUCUCAGUAGUAUCAUUGACCACCUCAAACAUCUCUGGAUCCCCUCUAGCACUGACACCCCUCCCCACUAUAACUCCAUACACAAGCAUACUGAAAGCUUGUGGAGUUAUCUAUUUUAGUCAGGGAACUUGAGGGUUUCAGCGCCAAGAAAGAGCAGUUCCUCUGCAGCGGUACAGUGAAAACCAGCAACUCUUGUUAUCCCCUGUCAUCUCUGUCCUUCUGCCUCUUUGGCACGACUCUGGAAACCAUGGAGAAUGUGGAAGUAUUUGACGCAUUGAACAAGGGCAGGGGCCUGAGGGCCACCAAGGUCUUCAAAGCUGGGGAUGUGAUCUUUACUGAACCCAGCUUUGCGGCUGUGGUCUUUGACAGUCUCUCACAACAGGUUUGUCACACCUGCUUCCGGCAUCAGGACAAGCUUCAUCGAUGUAGUCAAUGCAGGUUUGCCCACUACUGUGAUCGAACCUGCCAGCGUGCUGGAUGGGAUGAGCAUAAACAAGAGUGUGCUGCCAUCAAGAAGUGCAGCAAGGUGCCCAAUGAGACCAUCCGUCUAGCAGCUCGUGCCUUGUGGCGCAUUGAGAAAGACGGAAGUAUUGUCUCCGAGGGUCAGCUCACCACACUGGACCAACUUGAGGAUCAUGUGGCAGACAUGAGUGCCGAUGGCCUGAAGGAGCUGAAAGGCAAUGUCCACAACUUCCUGGACUACUGGCCACAUAGCAGUCAACAGCAUGAAGUGGACAGGGUCUCACACAUCUUUGGAGUGAUUAAAUGUAAUGCUUUCACGCUGAGUGACCAGAGAGGCCUGCAAGCUGUCGGUGUGGGACUGUUUCCCAACCUGUCUUUGGUGAACCACAACUGCUUACCCAACUGCACUGUGAUCCUCAAUCAUGGGAGUCAGACUGCUCUGAACCCUCUCUUUCACACUCAGAGUAGAAUUGAGCUGCGUGCCCAAGAGAGGAUCUCUCAAGGGGAGGAGCUCACAGUGAGCUAUGUGGACUUGCUCAAUGUGUCCACAGAUCGCCAGCAGCUGCUCAAGCAGCAGUACUUUUUUGACUGUACUUGUGAGUGCUGCAGCCAGCACCUGAAAGAUGACCUCAUGAUGGCCAUCAAAGAGGUGAAUGGAAAGAAGCCAUCUGAUCUAGAGGUGAAAGAGGUGACACAGUUGAGCCUGAAAGCACUGGAGAAGAUUGAAAAGGCACGCGUUGAGGGAAACUACCAUGAGGUGGUGAACCUGUGCAAGGAAUGCCUGGAAAAACAAGAGCUGGUGCUGGCAGACACACACCUGUACAAGCUGAGAGUGUUGAGCACAGCCAGCGAGGUGCUGUCCUACCUGCACUAUUUCUCUGAGGCUGCUGACUACGCACGAAGGAUGGUAGAGGGAUAUAUGAAGCUUUACCCUCCAAACAAUGCCCAGUUGGGUAUGGCGUUGAUGCGGGCAGGAGUGACCCACUGGCAUGCUGGCCAAAUUGAAGUUGGACAUAGCAUGAUAUGCAAGGCUUAUGGCAUCCUCAUGAUCACCCAUGGGCCCACCCACUCCAUCACCAAGGACCUGGAGGCAAUUCGGACACAGACAGAGGUGGAACUUCGCUUGUUCCAGCAGAACAAAGAUGCCUAUUAUAAUAUGCGUGAAACAGCCCUGAAGAAGGUGCCCAUGAGUGCAAUGGCAGAAGUGAUCCAAGACAGCAUUAAGAAGCUAUUUCGUUCAAAAUAAGACAUCAGCUGCCACAUGCUAAUGAAAUUACAGUCGGUUGCACUUCUACAGAGACUUGAAUUUAAAAUAAUUAUCACAACUCAGCAAAAGCUAGUUUUAUGUUAAAUGUACAUUAAAUGCAUUGUGGAGCCCUCAAAACCACACUUCAUUCAGUACAUGUUAAAUUACACACUAUAUAUAUAUAUAUAUAGUAGUUUCUGUACUUGGAAGCAAUAAAAGCUUGGGGAUUAAUUUGAAUGAAAUGAAAUACUUAACAUGAAGUAACCACAUAUGUGAAUUACUUUAAUUACAAUCGUAAAAGUAUGCUUAAGGAUCCAGCAGUUUUACUAAAAUUAGAAUAUUGCUAGAUUUGCCUUUGCUUUUGCUUUGUUUUGUUUUGAUUGUGUUUCAACACUUAAACAAAAGCAAGUCAUUUAGGUAAAUAUUAUUAUAAUUAUUGCAUUUAUAUAUGUAUAUACUUGUAUACACUGUAUGCUGUACUCUGCUAUACUGUAUACUCUAUAUAUUUACUUCUGCUCGCGUGGUGGUCCCGUGCAUGAAAGGUAAAGCA